UGAUCGAAGAAACCAACGAAAGUCUCCAACUUCAUUCAUUCUCUAACUUGUUUAGUGCCUACAGUUGUGCCACAUGUUGCCAUCCAUGUGGGAUGCUAGCAGCAGUUUGAAGUAUGAAGAUCUCAGAGAAGCUCUCACCAUCUUCCUCAUUAUCUUGGCACCUGUUAGUUUCUGGUCCUUCCGGACUUGGAUCAAGCACUCAAGGAACCCGAAACACGCUCCAUUGCCACCAGGUCCUCAUGGUGUUCCACUACUUGGUUACCUUCCAUUUUUACGUUCCAACCUUCACCACCAGUUCACAGACUUGUCAAGAAUUUAUGGCCCGAUUUACAAGCUCCAACUCGGUACCAAACUAGGUAUUGUGGUCAGCUCACCAUCCCUUGUGAAAGAAGUGGUUCGUGAUCAAGACGCAAUAUUUGCCUACCGAGACCUUACUGUUGCAGCACGAAUUCUUUCACAUGGAGGAUCGGAUAUAGUCUUCGGCCACGGUCCAGAUUGGAGGAGGAUGCGCAAGGUGCUCGUGAGCCAGAUGCUAAGCAAAACCAACCUUGACGGUUGCUAUGCUCUGAGGAAAGAAGAGGUAGUGAAGUCAACUGGUCAUAUUUUUAGAGACAAAAUUGGCACCCCAAUUGAUAUGGGAGAAUUUGCAUUUUCCACGACCAUCAACAUAACCAUGCGCAUGUUAUGGGGUGGGACUCUACAAGGAGAGAAGAAAUCUGAUGUUGCAUCCGAAUUCAGGAAGGUGGUGGAGGAAAUGGUCGAGUUACUUGAGCAACCAAACGUCUCGGACUUUUUUCCUGCGCUUGCUAGAUUUGAUCUACAGGGAAUUGGGAGUCGAGCAAAGAAACUUCUGUCAGUAACGGAUAAUAUUUUCGAUUUGGCCAUAGAAGAGGAGAUGAAUAAGGCUAAAAAUGAGCGAGUGCCAGAAGACCAUGGAAGGAAGGGCUUUCUGCAGUUUCUCUUGGAGAAUAAUAAUCAUCAAGAAAGUGAAGCAUCGCUUACAAUACAGCAAAUGAAGGCCUUGCUCACGGACAUUGUGGUGGGAGGAACCGAUACCACAGCAAUAACUAUAGAAUGGACAAUGGCUGAGCUUUUGCAGCAUCCGGAUAAAAUGAGAAAGGUCCAAGAAGAACUAACAGAAAUUGUGGGGAUGAACAACUUUGUUGAAGACUUUCAUUUGCCGAAAUUGAAAUAUUUAGAUGCCGGAAUUAAAGAAACCUCCCGAUUGCACCCAGCAGGGACCCUUCUACCACCGCGCUGCCCUAGCCAAUCCACCACUAUUGGUGGCUGUCACAUUCCCAAAGGUUCGAGAGUUUUUCUGAAUAUGUGGUCCAUUCAUAGAGACCCUAGCGUUUGGGCCAAUCCCUUGGAAUUUAGACCAGAGAGGUUCCUAAACACCGACCCUAAUAACAGCUUUGAUUACUUGGGCAAUAAGUUUCAGUUUCUUCCAUUUGGUUCCGGGAGAAGAAUAUGUGCUGGGAUUCCCUUGGCAGAGAGGCUGUUAAUCUAUGUGUUGGCUUCGUUCUUGCAUUCAUUCGAGUGGAGUUUGCCUGACAAUACGAAGGUUGACCUUUCGGACAAAUUCGGGUUUGUGACUAAGAAGGUGACUCCGUUGAUUGCUGUACCAAAACCCAGGUUAUCUAACUUGGAGCUAUAUGCUUAGUUAAAUCUCUUGAAUUGCUUCACUCUAUAUAUAAACUUGCAGUAUGAAAUGAUCUAUUGUACAAUUAUCCAUUACAAUAUAAAUAAUAUUAUAAUAAAAACAAUAAUUGGGAGUGUC